UUCGUCUCAUAAAGUAAAAAGGCUUUUAGAUCAGGGUUGACUCGGUGAUGGGUUGUGAUAUGUGACAGAAGUUAUUUGAUCAGAGAUUAGUUGAUAGGUGAAGGGUUGCCCAGUUGAACCCGGCAAAUCAAAGGAAAACAUAACUCAAAAAGCAUUUAAUCAAAAAGAUGAAAAGAGACAGAGACGAGAAGAAGAUGAAGAAGAAAGUCGACGAUAAACCAUCAGAAUACGAGUUCUGCAAAUUAUGCAGAAUCAACCACAAUCAAGGUCGUCGCCAUAAUUUCUUCCCACGCCACACCAAUUCUCUCUCCUCACUCUUCACUCGCUUCCACCAGAAGCUCUCAAUCGUCAAAUCUUCACUCAGAAACCCUAGCUUCGUACUCUCUUCUUCGGAUUCUCCUGAUCAUCUUUGGUGCAUCUUUUGUGAUUCCGACAUUGUUGAAUCUGAUUCUGCAUUUGUUUGUGGUAAUUUAAUUGAGCAUUUGGCGAGUGAGGAUCAUCUGAAGAAUUUGAAGCAUUUUCUAUGGAAGUAUGGUGGUGGCAUGAACAAAGUGGAUUCUUUCAGAAUUACGGAAGAUGAGUUAGCUGAGUGGAAGAAGAGGUGUGCAGUACUGAAGAAGGAUGCUCCACCAUCAAGAUCUUCACAUGGGCAGUCAAAUGAUAUCCAAACAAAUUAUGAAAUCAUAAAUACUUCUAACAUAAAUAAUAUUCCCUUUCUUGAAUCACGUCUCUCAAAAGAUGUUAUGCCUUUACAAUAUGCCACAAAUGAGAAUUACCAGGUAUAUCAUUCAGAUAUCUCACAAGCUGGUGAAGUUAGUUCUUCUGCGCAUGAUCUUGCCUCACAUACGACUUGGACCCCAGAGCAUCACAUGGAAACUCAGAGUUUAACAUGUAUGAGUCAAAGUAGGCAACAACCCCUUGUGUCUAGCAUGAAAGAUUUCUUUGCUGAUGCUCUUGUAAAAACACGGGUCUGUCAGAAACAAAGCAUCGCCAGCAGAGAGCCUUUUACUGAAGGUUACCAUAGUCUCAGUCGAAUAUCUUGUGAAGGUAUGGACGUUAAGAAUGAAAAUGUUCAUUCUGGAGCGCGGCCUCCUUGGCUUGAAGGAUUUGAGGCAUGUAAUGAGCAUGAGCAAUCAAGAGGGCCCAAGGUGAAUGUUACUGAAAAGAAUAGUAAAAAGACCAACAAAUUGAACCCAAAGAGAGUAGGGGCUGCAUGGGCAGAAAAAAGGAAACUAGAACUGGAGAUGGAGAAGAGAGGAGAGAUAAUUGCUAAUAGCUCUGAUGCUAACUGGCUUCCUAACUUCGGCGGGGUUUGGCAAUCAGGCAGCCGAAAAGAAUCAAUGAAAGGAUUUAAGAAGGAAAAGCUAAAUGUACCCAAAGCUGAAAGUAAAGUUGAGUCUGAGACCAAAUUACAUCCUUAUAUCAGCAAACGGAUGCGGCAAGGUACAAAUGACAAUUCCGAAGAUGUUCAGAAGACUGGUGAUUUAUGCUAAUAUUGAUCAACUCCUGGGGUGUCAUCCAGAAUAACAGUGGUUCCUGCAGAAUUAAUCUUUGCCAGGCGAUGGUAUUGGGGUUCCCAUCCAAAGAUUAGAAGGUUGCAGGGUGCCCUCUGAGUGAUGAUAUGCGAUAGAAAUCGAUAUUCCUUUUUUGUGAUCUGGUUUCUAUUUGGAGGAAAAGUGGAAGCCCUUGUAUGGGAUGGAACUUCCUUGCAGCUUGAUUCUGAUGAAUUGCAAGUCUUUACAAAACCUGCCCACCCAGAGCGUGGUGAUGGAGAAUAAGAGGUGAUAGCAAACCUUAGAAGCCUGAAGAUAGACAUGGAAGCAAGGAAAAAAACAAGUAUAUGGAUUAAUCUCUUACUCGUGAGAUUAAUUUCCAUUCUUUUCAGCUGCCUACGUUUGUUGGUAUCCGAGGAAUUUACUGUUGAUCUGGGCAAGGCUGGGGGACAGAUCUGGGGAGUGUGGCAAGCAGGUGAAGUCUCUGGAGGCAUUAUUUUCUUGUGAUGUAUUCUACUAUUAACGAAAUGCGAUAUAGCAUCAUAUUUUCAUGAUGUGGAACUUAUGAAGCUUUCAAAACUGAUGGGUAGUUAUGUUGAUGGUGAGGCUUGGGUUAUUUUUUUGACCAAAUGAACAUAAGUUGGCUUCCAUUCCAAGGGUUCUUUUUCUGUUAUGCUUCUUGCUUUCCACCUAAUUUGCUGAAGGCGUUGCCAUAUUUGUGGGAUUUAACCGCUACAUUAAAACAAACUUGUAUUCAACUUAGGAAAUAAGAUACUUGAGUGGUUUGGUAUCACUUUGACAUCAGACGGUUGUUGCUAGAUUGUUUGACAAUGAAGGUUUCUGGCAGACUUAAAAGCUCACUUUAGGUUGUUUAAGGCUCUAUUUGGUUUGAUGGAGAAUAUAAGAAACUAUGGAUUUUUUUACUUAUAAACAUAAAAUGUUUACCAUAUCCUUAAAAGAGCUAUUUUUA